AUAUUCAUGAGCAAAGCCCUAGCUGUAGUAGGAUUCGCGAAGUGUCUCUCCGGAUGUGUUGAUCAUCACAGGCGGCAGUGAUCCAGCAGCAGCAGCAGCGGUGAGGUGAGCCGAGGUGAGCCAGUGAGAGCGACUCUCUCAGCAGCAUCAUGGCGGAGCAGAGCGACCCCCCUGCGGCCGUCCAAAUCCCGCAGCCGGCGCUCACCAGCAGCUGGCCCAUUGUCAAGGAGGCGUACGAGCUCCAGGAGGUGAUCGGUAGCGGAGCCACAGCAGUCGUCCAGGCAGCGCUUUGUAGCCCUCGACAGGAGCGUGUGGCCAUCAAGAGAAUCAACCUGGAGAAAUGCCAGACCAGCAUGGAUGAGCUGUUGAAAGAGAUUCAAGCCAUGAGCCAGUGUAACCAUCCCAACGUGGUCACCUACUACACUUCAUUUGUUGUGAAAGAUGAACUUUGGCUGGUCAUGAAGCUCCUGAGUGGAGGAUCAGUGUUAGACAUCAUAAAGCACACGUUCAACAAAGGAGAGCAUAAAAACGGUGUCCUAGAUGAAUCUACAAUAGCAACCAUUUUGAAGGAAGUACUGGAAGGAUUAGAUUAUCUACACAAAAAUGGGCAGAUUCACAGGGACGUGAAGGCUGGUAAUAUUCUACUGGGAGAAGAUGGAUCAGUGCAGAUCGCAGAUUUCGGAGUGAGUGCUUUUCUGUCCACUGGUGGAGACGUCACUAGACACAAAGUGAGGAAAACAUUUGUGGGGACCCCGUGCUGGAUGGCCCCAGAGGUGAUGGAGCAGGUACGGGGUUACGACUUCAAAGCUGACAUUUGGAGUUUCGGAAUCACUGCCAUUGAACUCGCGACAGGCUCUGCACCUUAUCAUCGCUACCCCCCUAUGAAGGUUUUAAUGCUCACGCUGCAGAACGAUCCUCCAACCUUGGAGACUGGGAUUGAGGACAAAGAGAUGCUUAAGAAGUAUGGGAAAUCUUUUAGAAAACUUAUAUCCUUGUGCCUUCAGAAGGACCCUGCAAAGAGGCCCACUGCAGCCGAGCUUUUGAAAUGUAAAUUUUUCCAAAAGGCUAAGAAUCGAGAGUACUUGAUUGAAAAGCUGCUUAGUAAAGGACCAAAUAUAAGCCAAAGAGCCAAAAAGGUCAGACGGGUUCCGGGGUCCAGUGGCCAUCUGCACAAGACUGAGGAUGGAGACUGGGAAUGGAGUGAUGAUGAAAUGGACGCGAGGAGUGAGGAGGGGAAGGCUGCUGUCAAUCAUGGAAGGUCACGCAGGGUCAGAGAUGAAAACGAGCAUGAUGAAGUGAAUGCUAACAGUCUCCCACUAGAGGAUCUGUCCAUUCAGCAUCCCCAGGUUCAACCGUUGGAGAAACCCUCGAGUGCUCAGGGAGCAGUGAACAUGGUCCUGAGGUUGAGGAACUCAAGGAAGGAGUUGAAUGACAUACGGUUUGAAUUCACUCCAGGACAAGACACUGCUGAUGGAGUUUCUCAGGAGCUCUUCUCUGCUGGUCUGGUCAAUGGCCUUGAUGUUGUUGUGGUGGCUGCUAACCUUCAGAAGAUUGUAGAAGACCCAGUUACCUAUAAAGUAUUGACCUUUAAGUUGGCAUCUGGUUGUGACAGCACAGAGAUCCCAGAUGAGGUGAAGUUGAUUGGCUUUGCCCAGCUGAGCGUCACCUGAUAGCAUCUCGUUACCACAUCAGAGGCAGAGCAGAAGGACGGGAGAGUGAACGCUGCAGGAGACGCCGCUAUGGCAUUCAAGAUCUUUGCUGCAAAACUCCCACCUCCUGCCCCAUUCAGGCUUUCCUUCUCCUCCCGAAUCACCUGCCCUCUGCACCUGUUCAAUCAAAUGCAGCACUUUUAUUCAAACACACACACACUUUUGCCCUUGUUCCCAGACACUGUAUGCCUUUCACCAAAACAUUCCAGCAGUCAUUUCCCAGAAUUCAAAGCAGGAGCCAUCAUCUCAGGAGGCAAUAGCUAGUGAAACAAAAAGUUUUUUUUAUGUUGAUUGUUAUUGUGUUACCUCUUAGCACUUACCAUAUUAUUAUUAUUAUUAUU